UAAUUGGCUGUUCUUUCACUUCGCACCAGCUCUGAGUUAAUCCUAAUUGCCUGGCAAGCUACCAUAGAAGCUCUGUUGAUCGCGCUUUGCUCGUAUCUACAAUUUUAGGGAAGGAUUUCGUGCGCCUUUUCAGCAACCAUGCAGUCUGGUGACAUGGAUUUGGCUUUUAUUUCGCCCCCACAGGAGGAGACGGCAAGAGGGGAUCAGCAGACUAUGAAAGUCUACCUUCGAGUAAGACCUUUCUCAAAAGAGGAGAUCUCUGACAAUGAGGAUCAGGAUUGUAUAGUAAUCGAAAACGACCAGAUGGUGACGCUGCAGGCUCCAAAAGGUUCUGCCAACCUGAAGUGCAGCGAGAAGGGGAUCGCCACGUCUGUACACAAAUUCUCAUUUUCAAGGAUUUUCGGACCAGAGACAACUCAAGCUGAGCUUUAUGACCACACCGUCCAAAGCCAAAUGUCUGAUUUCUUGGAUGGGGAGAAUUUGCUGAUCUUCAGUUAUGGUGUCACCAAUGCUGGGAAAACCUUUACAAUCCAAGGCACUUCAAAAGAACCAGGAAUAUUGCCUCGAGUAUUGGAUGCCACCUUUGAGUACAUCACAGGGCGGCAGUAUGAAGGCAUGGACGUGAAGCCCUACCUCAGGAAUGAUACACGAUAUUUGGAUGCUGAGCAAGUCAAACAGGAGAAAAGUGCUAAAGAUGCCAUUUUUGCAUCAUUCGGAGAGGAAUGUGAGCCCUUGAGACCCAGCAGCGGAUCAGAUCCCUUGCCCUGUUCUAUUGCUUCCACUUCGCAGUCAUCUGACUGUCAAUCAGGAGGAGGGAGCAGUCAAUUUGCUUUAUGGGUGGCAUUCUUUGAAAUCUACAACGAGUACGUCUACGAUCUCAUUCAACCGUCUUUUUGCUCCAAGUCCAAGAAACGCGCCGCCCUUCGUGUUUGUGAUGACGGCGCUGGCAACGCUUAUGUUAAAGAUCUUCGAUGGAUCAACAUCCAGAGUUUGUCCGAGGCCAGCAAACUGUUGCAAUUUGGCAAGAAAAACCGAAGUGCUGUAGCCACCACGAUGAACCAGUCCUCCAGCAGAAGCCACAGCAUAUUUACCAUGAAACUGCUGAAGAUGGAUGGAAACAAAGCUCAAAGGAUGUCAGAGUUUUCUCUGUGCGACUUGGCUGGCUCCGAAAGAUGCAACAAAACCAAAACCUUUGGCGAGAGGCUAAAAGAAGCGGGAAACAUUAACAACUCGCUCCUCAUCCUGGGGAAGUGCAUCAACGCCCUGCGCAACAAUCAGACCGAAAGAAUGAAGAACGCUUGCAUCCCUUUUCGAGAGAGCAAGCUGACCAAGCUCUUCCAGGCCGUUUUCUGCGGCAAAGGACGAGCUUCAAUGAUCGUCAACGUCAGUCAGUGUGCUUCGACGUAUGAUGAGACGCUCCACGUCAUGAAGUUCUCCGCUGUCGCCAAACGGGUGCAGGUGAUCCCGGAUAAGUCCCUGGAAUCUCUGUCCCAGUGUCUGGUGGGUCCCAAUGGCAACUCUCUGGUGAGGAAUGGGGUGAUUGACAGGCAGGCCCUGGAAAGUUUUCUGUCCGAAGAUGAGCUGCUAUAUGAGGAAGAAGACGCAGACAUGUCCUUACUGACGCAGAACGAGCUAUUGGACACGAUCGAUAACCUCCGAACAAAACUGCUGGCCGAGCGAAGACGAAACCUGGAGCAGGAGAUGGAGAUCCGCAAGGAAAUGGGCGACGCCAUGUUACAGCAGAUCAUGGAGAGCGAGGAACUGCGCAGCCAACAGAUUGAAGAGCUGAAGGAGAGCUACCAAGAAAAGAUGGAGAACACUUUUGAGAUGUAUAAGGACGCUAUCAAGGAGCACGCUUACAAGAGUGCCAUGAGCAACCUCGAAGAUGACUUUGUGCCUCUUGACGAGUUCACGGCCGAGCAGGAGAAAGUUGAGGCCCUGGAGCGACAGCUUUCGCAGUUUGCAUCCCAGAACAGAGCGUGUACGGUUGCGACUGCGGACGCCUCGUGUCAGUGUCAACCAUUGACGGAUUUCGAAGCUGCGGGGGAGGAAUGUUUAAAACGCCUCUACAAGGAGAAAAGUGCCAUAGAACAGAUGUGUGAGGAUAAGCAACAGUUGAUCUUGUCCUUGGAGAAACGACUGAUGGAGCUUAGCAAAACCCUUCAGACGGUUCGAGACGGCUUCCUGGAGAAAUCGAUUGAGCUCGAGGACCUCCAGGUGAAGACCCAAGAACAGAUGAAAUCAAUGCAGGGAAUUGUAUCUCAGUCCUUGGAAAAGGACAAGGAAAUUGCCUCCUUAAAGGCAGAGCUCGCCAUGCUCACUCCAAAGUCACCCGUGCCGGCCAAAACCAAGAAAGGCUUUCUCGCCAACAUCAAGGAAGCGGUAAAGUCCCCUCAUAAGACCAGAAGCCGGACCCUCAGGAAAACUGCUGAAACUCCACGCCGCUGAUCAGCACGUCCUCUUACUAAGUAGGAUGGAUUUUAGUGGAAUUUUAAAAUUCAGCAAAAUGAAGAAAAAACAUUUCAACUUCAGGUAUUGGAUUUGGUGCCGGUCAUUGUUUUUGUAUUGAUCUCUUUUAUAGCCUUUAUGUAAUAAAAUGAUUGCUAUUUUAUCACAA